CAACAGUCUAGCUUGGACAGUUUUCAGGAUUGAGAAAAGAAAAUCAAGAGAAAAGGAAGCACAUAGACAAACAGCAGAAAGAACAUCUUCCAUCAGACAGCAAAGAUGCAGAGGAGUUUUAUUUUGUUUUUUAUGUUAGGUCAGAGUGUUUUUAUCAGCUGUCAGCUCUAUGAGUAUCUCUACAUCAAUAAGGAAAUGAACUGGACUGAAGCUCAGCAGUACUGCAGAGAGAAACACACUGACCUGGCCACAGUGUCUAACAUGACAGACAUGAAGAGACUCUUCAAUACCACAGCAGGAUAUAAUAGGGACGUUUGGAUUGGUCUGUAUGAUCAGACAGAUGGUAUCAGAACAUGGUACUGGUCUCUGCCUGGAGUGGAGUUUAAUGAAAGUGAGACUAAAUGGCACCCAGGGGAACCAAAUGAUUGUCAAACUGAGAACUGUGGGUGUUUGAAUACAAAUCUUAAAUGGGUUGAUAAUAACUGCAUAAAUGGCAGAUAUUUCCUCUGUUAUGAUGAAAAUAAUAGCACACAGAAAUACCACUUGAUUGAACAGAAGAAGACCUGGCAGAAAGCUCAGAGUUACUGCAGAGAGAAACACACAGACCUGAUCAGUGGAAUGAAGCAGCUACAGGAUGGAGAACUGGAGGAAGUGAUGAGCUCUACAUCCAGUAACCCAUUCAUUGGUCUGUUCAGGGACACCUGGAGGUGGUCAGAUGGAAGCAGUUUCUCUUUCAGACAUUGGAGGGAUGAUCUAAACAAUCAUCAAUACAACAGUGGUCAAUGUGCUGCAGCUGGCUCUGAUGAUAACGAAGGCAGAUGGAAGAUUGACAACUGUAAUCAGAAAAAACCCUUCAUCUGUUAUGAUGAAAAAGUUAUCCUAAUCAAAGAAAACAAAACCUGGGAGGAAGCUUUAAACUAUUGCAGAUAUCACUACGAUGACCUGGUCACCAUCACCAGCCUGGAUGAGCAGAGAUGGAUCCAGGAGAAAGCCAAGAAGGCCUCGACUGAUUAUGUCUGGAUGGGACUUCACUAUGCCUGCACUUUAGAUUUAUGGUUCUGGGUCAAUGACAAAAUGGUUCAUUACCAUAGGUGGCCUCCAGGGGAACCAUUGGAUGACUGUGACAUGUCUGGAGCCAUGGAGACCAGAGGAGAACAAAAGUGGAGAAAAAAAAAUGAUAGUGAGAAGUUUAAUUUCCUUUGUUCUCAGCAUUAAAACAGUUUUUUGAGCUGUUGUUUUUUUUUCUGCCAGUUACCUUAAAAUCUGUGGAAAUUAUUUGAAUUAUAUUGGGAAUAUAUGUUGUAUUUUAUUAUUGUGUAACAAAUAUUUCCACCAAACAUAACGUUUAUGGUAUAAUCCUUUAUUACUUGUCUUAUGAAAAAUUGUCCUUAUUUUGAUCAUGUAAUGGGUAUAUUUAGGGUUUUCUUAUCAAUAGCCACAAUGUAGAUACAGUAAAAAUAAGUUAUAAAAUAAAAAGUCUUAUUGCCAAUAAAAUGUGUCUAAAUUUAGAUUUUUCUGUAUUGUCAUUUAGAUUUUUGGUUUGUUUAGAUAUUAGUGUUUUUGUGUAAGCCAAAUAACAGAUGCUUGAAAAGAGGAAGUCCUUUUCACACUAAGAGGAGGUGAAAACCUGGUCUCUGAAUAGCUAAAGUUACUCAUUGUGGAAAGUGUCACCAGAAAUAUACUUAAACAAGAGUAGAGAUACUCUAACAAAACUAUUUUAAUCUGGAGUGAUUCACUCUGAUAAAAGAAGCAAUUAGAAAGACUUUAUUGACAUGAAUGAAAUAAGUUCUUUGGCAUUUGAUAACAUACAACUAGAUCAGUUAAUAAACAACCAACUUUAAGUUUUCCUAAAUUUGUAGACUAGUCUACUGACAAACUUCAUUCAAUUCAAGUUAUUGAUCCCAAAGGAAAUUGAAAUGUACAAAGGGUUUUUACUGAGUUGUUGUAGAUUUUAAUAGCUGUAGGUAAAAAGGGUGUCCUGUAGCAAUUUUUCAUGUAGCAGAUCUAGAGAAGACUGAACUGAAGACACUGUUUUUGUUAAAAAUGAUUAUGCUUUUUCACAAAGUUCUUGUCUAACUUUACUUGCACGCUUCUCCUCAGACCCGGCUGCAGAAAGAAA